GUGAAGAACUGCGAAGCACAUGGUGCCCAAGCUGUGCUGCUCUACUGGGAACCACAUGAUGCUAAGGAUGAUAUUGAUGCUCCAGUAGAUGCCAGUUACAUCCCCUUUGUCUCAUCAGUCACAUACUCUACAGAGUCAACAAUUUGGAGACCUUCAAUUCCUUGCCAGACCAUUUCAUCGAACCAGGCCAAAUUAGUGUUGUCAUUGCUGUAUCAAGCUAACAACAGCAGGGCAGCUCCUGACUCCUGGCAGGGUUCACUUGUGACAUCUUAUUUUCUUGGUGGACAAAAUUCUGAUAGUCUUAUGGUUCAUCUCUCAGUUUUUAACAAACCUGAAAAGCAGAGAAUUCAAAACUUUGUUAGUACAGUGCAGGGAACCGAUGAGCCAGAUCGUUAUGUCAUUGUUGGAGCUCCCCGGUCCUCCUUGCCUGGCCAGUCACAGGAUGCAGUGGCCAGCACUUCUGUCUUGAUCCAGUUGGCUCACAGUUUCCACUACAUGUACAACCAGCACCAAUGGAAGCCUAGAAGGGGUGUCAAGCUGAUUUCUUGGGGAGGAGCUGAGUUUUCCAACAGUGGAAUGCUUCAUUAUAUCAAUAAUUACCAUUUACUGCUGAAUAGACGAGCUGUGGCAUAUUUUGAUCUGAGCCAGCUGGCCGUUGGAAAUGGAUCAAUUGUAGCCAACAUUCCUCCUGGAAUCCACCAGCUAGUUACAGCAACAACCUUUGAUGUCCCAGAUCCUAGAAAUGCUGAACAGACGCUGCAGAUGAGUUGGAAUCAGCUUGUGGAGAAGGACAAACACUUGAACCAACAGGAUAUAAUCCCUUUGGAGAGUUACCAUAGCGACAGUACCCAUAAUCCUUUUCUACAUGUUGUGGGCAUUCCUGAAGUGAAACUUCAAUACAGAGCGCCACCCGGAAGCCAGAAUUCUGUACAAGCAAUGACCUCAGAAGACCUCGGCCACCAUUACAAAUUUCACAUGACAGUGACUCACAUCGUAACAAAAACCUUGCUAACAAUUAUAGAUAAUGAACUUUUACCUUUGAACCUUUUAAAUGAAGCCAGCGCCAUACAGGCAGCGAUGUGGCAGACUUUAGAUGUUCUGGAUCAUUGUUACCCGGACAUGGAUCAUUUCAAUCCAGUGACCACACUGAGUGAAGACCUCCUGAAAACUGCUGAAGAUUUUCGAGAAGUGGCCAGCAUGUUUGUGAAAAGAUUUGACAAACCAGGAGUCAGAAUGGUCAAUGACAUCAGCAUGUCGUUUCAGCAAUUCUUUCUCAAGAACAAUAAUGGAUUAUCUCAACACAUCCUCUAUCCAGCCUUGGCUGAUGGCACUUUGAUGAAAGCCUUAGAUUUGUGUGAAGUUCUGGAAGUAACUCAGGAAAGAAAUAUUACAACAGAAUUGGCAGAAUCUCUUACCAGAGCCCUGAAAGAUGCAAUGACACUCUUACAUUUCAGUGCAUAG